AUGACGACUUCCAUGCAGCAGCCCGAAACCGUGCAGCCUAUGGUUCCCGAUGGAGGAGGGACAAGCCCUCCUGGCGACAGUCAUCUUCAGAUGAACCGCACGGUCAACCCUCAUACGUCUGUUGAGGAUUAUAGCCGCGUUAUGCUGGAAUACACACACAACCGGAUGGCGUCCUUCGCCGAUUUGGACGCCGACAAAGGUUCCCCCGUUAGUCGCAGCAGUAGAAGCAGCGCAGGUAGCGGCGAGAGCGGCGACUCGGCGGGUGACAUGCUUCGUCGAGGCCCUGCCCCCACUUCUGCAGGUGUCUCCCACCAUGACUUCGGCGAGAGAGGUGGGCGCAAAGCUACCAGAGAUGGCGAGAAAAAUCCAUCUUUCUAA